AUGGCAGUCCAGUUCUGCCCAGCCUGCGGCACUCUCUUUGAUAUUUCCCCCGAAGAAACCCUCCGCUGCGAACGAUGCGGUCAAACUGCAAAAAAUGAAGCAUUCUCGCGAACCCAGACCACCACAUCGGAGAGUUUUCCCUCGACGCUACAGAAAAAGCUCAAGUCGUACACACAGAAGGUUUCGAAGGAGACAGUGAGCCCUGGGCCUAAAAUCCAGGUCGAGUGUGCCAAGUGUUUUGGGAGGGACGUCGUGUAUUCUCAGGUGCAGUUGUGGAGUGCAUUCCAGGGAAAUACUGCUUUUUAUCAUUGUCUGGGAUGUGGACAUAGGUGGCAGGAGAAAAAUUAG